AUGUUAGGGGAAGUUCUUCUUGCCAAUAGCUCAUCUCUUACUUCCUAUAAGGAUCAGUCUGUGUCAUUGAAGUGUUCAAAUAAUCAAUUCCGAAAUGAGAAAAAGCCGCUUAUUUGUGAGAGGGAAACUCUGCAAUGUCAAGAUAGUAAAGUAUUUGGUUUUCCUGGCAAAAAUGAGAAACGAGACAAAGAACUGAUAACACCUUGCUCUGCAAAAAGUUCAAGUGCACAAAAUGCUCAAGUUGGUUCAUCAUUGCUGGGUAAAGACAAGAGGGUCAUACAACAGGGAGAUGCUGAGUUUCUGAGUAACAAAAACAAAAGUGCAAUAUCCAUCCCUGUGCUUUUUGGUGAUAAGGAAACCAAAGGAUCUGAGUUUCUAGUUCAGGUGAGCAUUCUGAUGAUUUUGGUGCGGUCACUGCAAUGGGCUGAGGGAGGCCAUGAAGUAGAUGAAGAGAGUGAAGAAGAUGAUACGGAGUUCUUAGAUAGUGUAUAUGAGCAAGUAACAUAUGCAGAAGAGGUGGAGGUUGAUGAUACAAUGGGAGUUGACGAUUAUAUCCCUCAUAAAAUUGGGGAUUUAACAAUUUUUUUAACAGAUGGACUAUUUAAGAGCACCCAUAUUAACGUUAAGGACCACGAAUGA